AUGCCGAUCAUGUCGAAGGUUGCAGCGCGCUCAGGUGCUGCGGAGUUCAAGGCUGCGCUGGACAAUGUCGUGUCAAUCCUUCCGAAUGAGAAGACGAGCAAGGUUGGGGUCACGCUCAAGGCUGCUCGCAAACUGAAGCAGCACAAGGAUUUGGAAAUUGCAUUGCGCAACACGCUGGAUCUGCAAGAUAUGGCAUCUUGGCGGGUAUUGAUCAAGUAUGCGCGGGUGUAA